GCACCAAAAUGGCUUAUGUAGCAGCACCCGGCUAUCAGCCUUUUUAUAAUCCAGCCAUCCCAUUUAGGACUCCUAUCCAUGGAGGUCUACGUGCUGGGAUGUCUGUCUACGUUCAGGGGACUAUCCCUAACAACAUCACCAGGUUCGCUGUGAAUUUUACUUGUGGUCAACAUGAUGGAGCAGAUGUCGCCUGCCACUUUAAUCCUCGCUUUGAUGGCAAGGACAAAGUUGUGUUUAACAGUAUGAUUGGGGGCUCCUGGGGUUCUGAGGAGAAAAAAAAGGAUUCCUUUCCUUUUCGCAAAGGAAAGAGCUUUGAACUGGCAUUCAUGAUCAACAGCAGCAGCUUUGAGAUUACUGUGAAUGGCUCUUCCUUCUAUAAGUUCAAACAUCGUAUGCCACUGGAGCGUGUGAACAGUUUGCAAGUCAGUGGGGAUGUGUCUGUUCAGGCUCUGACCAUUGCUGGAGGUGGUGGUGGUGGUGGAAUGGCAGCAGCUCCUAUGCCAGCACCCAGCUUUCCACAUCCAGGGGGUCCAAUGGCUCCCAUGUUCCCAAAUCAAGGGGGGGUGAUGCCAUUACCAGUUUACCCAGCUGGCAACUUACCUGUAAUGGGAGGACCUGUGUAUAACCCACCAAUACCAUAUUAUGGCACCAUCCAGGGAGGGAUGUCACCAAGAAAGACAGUGAUCAUAAGAGGGUUUAUUCCAGAAGGUGCAGAAAGGUUCCAUAUAAACUUUAAGGCGGGAUCUUCCAAUGAUGUUGCUUUGCAUUUUAACCCCCGGUUGACUGAGAAUUCAGUGGUGAGGAACAGCCGACUUGGAGGCUCCUGGGGACAAGAAGAGAGGCAACUCUCCUACAAUCCAUUCAGACCUGGACAAUAUUUUGAUAUUUCCCUUCGCUGCGGGAUGGAUCGCUUCACAGUUUUUGUGAAUGGGCAGCAAUUCUGUGACUUUGCACAUCGUUACUCCAUGUUACAGAUGAUUGACAGGAUAGAAAUUGAAGGGAAUGUGGUUAUAUCUCUGAUACAGUUCUAAAAUGUCUCCAGGAAGAGAUUUGGUAUCAAAAUAAAAUCUGAAGUAACAAA